AUGUGCAGUGAUUUUCUGGCGGUGGUGACGGGCGCCAACGCCGGGCUCGGCUACGAGACGGCGCUGGCGAUGGCGCGGCGCGGCGCGCGCGUGGUGCUGGCGUGCCGCGACGAGGAGCGCGCGCGCGCCGCCCGCGACCGCAUCGUGGCCGCCACCGGCAACCCGGACGUGCUGGUGCGGCGCCUGGACCUGGCCUCGCUGGCCUCCGUGCGUCAGUUCGCGGCGGAGCUGGCGGCCGCGGAGCCGCGCCUGCACGUGCUCGUCAACAACGCCGGCGUGUACGCGCGCGGCAACACGCUCACCGCCGACGGGCUCGUGCUGGAGAUGCAGGUCAACCACUUCGCGCCCUUCCUGCUGACGCUGCUGCUGCUACCGCGGCUGCGGGCGGCGCGCGGCCGCGUGGUCACCGUCAGCUCCGUGCUGCACUGGCUUGGCACGGCCGACACGGCGCGCAUGAACACGCCGGGCGCGUACGGGGACCUGCGCACGUACUGCAACAGCAAGCUGUGCGGCGUGGCGCUGUCGGCGGAGCUGGCGCGGCGCGAGGCGGGGCGCGUGGCGGCCGUGAGCCUGCACCCGGGCAUCGUGCGCACGGGCGUGGCGGAGGGCGCGCUGUUCGCGGCGUGGUGCUGGCUGUGCGCGCGCACGGCGGCGGAGGGCGCGCAGUCGGCGCUGCACGCGGCGGGCAGCGCGCAGUGCGCAGCGGGCGCGCCGGGCUCGGGCCAGUACCUGCAGGAGUGCCGGCCGCGCCGCUGGUCGCGCCGCCCGCGCGCCCACGACCCCGCGCUGGCCCGCAAGCUCUGGGAGUACUCGGAGCGCCUCGUGCACUACAGGUACGAGGACGUGCCGACAGAUGACAAACUGUGAUGUUACUUUACAUGGAUGGAAGAUGAUGGUUGUAAAACUUUGUGUUGGUGGGAGGGUAGGAGGACUAGGAGGUUGCACGUUGGAAUAUAGCUGGGAUGCGGGUGAUAGAGUACCCUCCUAUCAAUGCAAUAGAUACCUUCUUACUUUAUUAUUUACCAGUUACGGUUUUAAUAAGUGCCUGAACUAUUUUUAAUUUUAUGAGAAACUACAGAAUAAAUCAGAUAAGUAAGUAAUAUUUUAUAUUUUUCAAUGAAGGUCAUCAUCAUAGUUAUACUUACAAAUUCGGACUGUACCUAGGGUACCUAACCUAUACACAUAGUACCUACACAAUAACACAUGUCAUAAGGAAACUAUGUAUAUUUCUAUAGAAAAAAUUAAUACUUACCUACCAAUAAAAUAUUGUAGGCAGUAUUAACAUGACCGGUUUGCUGAUUGCUAUACUUAACUAAACAAUUAUGAGAUGAGGAUCAAUAUUAUGUACCUUCCUGCGUAGGUAACAUAAAUACUAUUAUUUACUUAUGCAGUGUUUAUAUACCUACCAAUAUUCUAAACAUCUGCAAGUGUAUUGGAUGAUGUAACAAAAAUGAUACAAUAAGUAGGUAUGUAAGAAAAUCUUGAAUCAUGGUCUAAACAAAUUAAACAAUACUUAACACAAAUUAAGGUAGAUGAUUGUUCUUGAGCUUUAUGUCGUUUAGUUGAUGUAAUCUCCUUAACUAUAAGCAAAUUAUUCACAUUA